UUCACUCUCACCCCUGAGCAGGCCAAGGCCAAGGAGGUCAGUCUGACCCCUCAGCAGGCCCAGGCCAUGGGGCUCACUCUCACCCCUGAGCAGACCAAAGAACAGAGGGUCAGUCUGACCCCUCAGCAGAUCCCGGGAGUCACACUCACCCCUCAGCAGUCCCAAGCACAAAUGACUAAUCUCACUCCUGAACAGGCCCAGGCCCUGGGGAUAACCCUAGACCAGCAGCUGUUCCAAAUACAACAGCAGGCCCAAGAACAGCAGGUCACCAUCACCCCAGAGGAGGCCGAGGCCCUGGGCAUCACUCUCACCCCUGAGCAGGUCAAGGCUCAUGAAAUCGCUCUGACUCCUGAGCAGGCUGAGGCCCUGGGGCUCACUCUCACCUCUGAACAGGUUAAGACUCAAAGGGUCAGUCUGACUCCUGAGCAGGCUGAGGCCCUAGAGCUCACUCUCACUCAUGAGCAGGCCCAGGCCCUGGAAAUGGUUCUCACCCCUCAGACCGAAGCUCUUGAGGUCACUCUCACUCCUGAACAGGCUCAGGCCCUGGGACUCACUCUCACCCUUCAGCAGGCCAAGGCACAAAAGAUCAGUUUGAGCCCUCAGCAGGCCCAAGCUCUGGGGAUCACUCUCACUCCUCAGCAGGCUCAGGCUCUGGGGCACACUCUCACACUUCAGCUCGAAGCUCACACACCUAAACAGGCCCAGGCUGUGGGGCUCACUGUCACAUCUCCAAAGGCUCACAUACAGAAAUUAUUUCUCACCGCUCAGCAGGCCCAAGCUUUGGACAUCUCUCUUACUCCUGAGCAAGCUGAGACAUCAACGACCAUUCUUACCCCUCAGCUGGUCAGUGGCCUAGGAAUCACUAUCACCCGUGAGCAGGCCAAGAAACAAAAGAUCGUUUCGAGCCAUCAGCUGGCCCAGGCUCUGAUGCUAGCUCCUACCUUUCAGUCCGAAGCUGACAAGAUCACUCUCAGGCCUCAGCAGGCCAGAGCACAGGAAAUCAGUUUUGCUCUCAAGCAGGCCCAGGUUCAGGAAAUAGUUUCUACCCUUCAGAGCAAAGCUCUUGAGAGCACUCCCACACCUGAGCAGGACCAAGCACAGAAAAUCAGUCUUACUUCCGUGCAGGUCAAAGCCAUGGAAAUAGCUCCCACUCCUCAGAGCAAAGCUCUUGAGAGCACUCGCAUACCUGAAGAGGCCCAAGCACAGGAAAUCAGUCUUACUCCCCAGCAGGCCCAGGCUCUGGGGCUCACUCUCACGCCUCAGCAGGCUCACAUACAGAAGAUAUUUCUCACCCCUCAGCAGGCCCAAGCUCUGGGCAUCACUCUUACCUCUGAGCAAAUCAAGACACCAAAGAUCACUCUCACCCCUCUACAGGUCCAAGCCCUAGGGGUCACUCUUACCCAGGAACAGGCCAAAGCAGAGAAGAUCAGUUUGAGCCCUCAGCAGGCCCAAGCUCUGGGGAUCACUCUCACUCCUCAGCAGGCCCAGGCUCUGGGGAUAGCACCUACUCCUCAGCCCGAAGCUGUCAAGAUCACUCAAAGACCUGAGCGGACUGUCAGUCUUACUCCGGAGCAAGCCAAGGCCCUGGAGAAAGCUUCUACCCCACAUAGUGAAGAUCUUGAGAGCACUCACACACCUGAAGAGGCCCAAGCACAGGAAAUCAGUCUUACUCCCCAGCAGAUCCAGGCCCUGGGGCUCACUCUCACGCCUCAGCAGGCUCACAUACAGAAAAUAUUUCUCACCCCUCAGCAGGCCCAAGCUCUCUACAUCACUCUUACCCCUGAGCAAAUCAAGACACCAAAGAUCACUCUCACCCCUCCACAGGUCCAAUUCCUAGGGGUCACUCUCACCCGUGAACAGACCAAAGCAGAGAAGAUCAGUUUGAGCCCUCAGCAGGCCCAAGCUCUGGGGAUCACUCUCACUCCUCAGCAGGCCCGGGCUCUGGGGAUAGCUCCUACCCCUCAGCCCAAAGCUGUCAAGAUCACUCGAAGAUCUGAGCGGAUAGUCAGUCUUACUCCCGAGCAGGCCAAGGCCCUGGAAAGAGCUACCCGAUAUAGUGAUGAUCUUGAGAGCACUCACACACCUGAAGAGGCCCAAGCACAGGAAAUCAGUCUUACUCCCCAGCAGGCCCAGGCCCUGGGGCUCACUUUCACGUCUCAGCAGGCUCACAUACAGAAGAUAUUUCUCACCCCUCAGCAGGCCCAAGCUCUGGGCAUCACUCUUACCCCUGAGCAAAUCAAGACACCAAAGUUCACUCUCACCCCUCCACAGGUCCAAGCCCUAGGGGUCACUCUCACCCGGGAACAGACCAAAGCAGAGAAGAUCAGUUUGAGCCCUCAGCAGGCCCAAGCUCUGGGGAUCACUCUCACUCCUCAGCAGGCCCGGGCUCUGGGGAUAGCUCCUACCCCUCAGUCCGAAGCUGUCAAGAUCACUCGAAGAUCUGAGCGGAUAGUCAGUCUUACUUCCGAGCAAGCCAAGGCCCUGGAAAGAGCUACCCGAUAUAGUGAUGAUCUUGAGAGCACUCACACACCUGAAGAGGCCCAAGCACAGGAAAUCAGUCUUACUCCCCAGCAGGCCCAGGCCCUGGGGCUCACUCUCACGCCUCAGCAGGCUCACAUACAGAAGAUAUUUCUCACCCCUCAGCAGGCCCAAGCUCUGGGCAUCACUCUUACCCCUGAGCAAAUCAAGACACCAAAGAUCACUCUCACCCCUCUACAGGUCCACAUCCUAGGGGUCACUCUCACCCGGGAACAGGCCAAGGCACAGAAGAUCAGUUUGAGCCCUCAGCAGGCCCAAGCUCUGGGGAUCACUCUCACUCCUCAGCAGAUCCGGGCUCUGGGGAUAGCUCCUACCGCUCAACCUGAAGCUGUCAAGAUCACUCGAAGACCUGAGCAGGCCCAAGCACAGGAAAUCAGUCUUACUCGUGAGCAGACCAAGGCCCUGGAAAAAGCUUCUACCCGACGUAGUGAAGAUCUUGAGAGCACUCACACACAUGAGCAGGCCCAAGUACAGAAAAUCAGGGUUACUUCCGAGCAGGCCAAGGCUCUGGAAAUAGUUCCUACCUCUCAGAGCAAAGCUCUUGAGAGCACUCGCAUACCUGAAGAGGCCCAAGCACAGGAAAUCAGUCUUACUCCCAAGCAGGCCCAGGCCCUGGGGCUCACUCUCACGCCUCAGCAGGCUCACAUACAGAAGAUAUUUCUCACCCCUCAGCAGGCCCAAGCUCUGGGCAUCACUCUUACCCCUGAGCAAAUCAAGACACCAAAGAUCACUCUCACCCCUCCACAGGCAUACGCCCUAGGGGUCACUCUCACCCGGGAACAGGCCAAGGCACAGAAGAUCAGUUUGAGCCCUCAGCAGGCCCAAGCUCUGGGGAUCACUCUCACUCCUCAGCAGGCCCGGGCUCUGGAGAUAGCUCCUACCCCUCAACCUGAAGCUGUCAAGAUCACUCAUAGACCUGAGCAGGAUGUCAGUCUUACUCCCGAGCAGGCCAAGGCCCUGGAAAAAGCUUCUACCCCACAUAGGGAAGAUCUUGAGAGCACUCGCACACAUGAGCAGGCCCAAGUACAGAAAAUCAGGGUUACUUCCGAGCAGGCCAAGGCCCUGGAAAUAGUUCCUACCCCUCAAAGCAAAGCUCUUGAGAGCACUCGCAUACCUGAAGAGGCCCAAGCACAGGAAAUCAGUCUUACUCCCAAGCAGGCCCAGGCCCUGGGGCUCACUCUCACGCCUCAGCAGGCUCACAUACAGAAGAUAUUUCUCACCCCUCAGCAGGCCCAAGCUCUGGGCAUCACUCUUACCCCUGAGCAAAUCAAGACACCAAAGUUCACUCUCACCCCUCCACAGGCCUAUGCCCUAGGGGUCACUCUCACCCGGGAACAGGCCAAGGCACAGAAGAUCAGUUUGAGCCCUCAGCAGGCCCAAGCUCUGGGGAUCACUCUCACUCCUCAGCAGGCCCGGGCUCUGGAGAUAGCACCUACCCCUCAGCCCGAAGCUGUCAAGAUCACUCAAAGACCUGAGCAGGAUCUCAGUCUUACUCCGGAGCAAGCCAAGGCCCUGGAGAAAGCUUCUACCCCACAUAGUGAAGAUCUUGAGAGCACUCGCAUACAUGAGCAGGCCCAAGCACAGGAAAUCAGUCUUACUCCCCAGCAGGCCCACGCCCUGGGGCUCACUCUCACGCCUCAGCAGGCUCACAUACAGAAGAUAUUUCUCACCCCUCAGCAGGCCCAAGCUCUGGGCAUCACUCUUACCCCUGAGCAAAUCAAGACACCAAAGUUCACUCUCACCCCUCUACAGGCCUAUGCUUUAGGGGUCACUCUCACCCAGGAACAGGCCAAGGCACAGAAGAUCAGUUUGAGCCCUCAGCAGGCCCAAGCUCUGGGGAUCACUCUCACUCCUCAGCAGGCCCGGGCUCUGGAGAUAGCACCUACCCCUCAGCCCGAAGCUGUCAAGAUCACUCAAAGACCUGAGCAGGAUCUCAGUCUUACUCCAGAGCAAGCCAAGGCCCUGGAGAAAGCUUCUACCCCACAUAGUGAAGAUCUUGAGAGCACUCACACACCUGAAGAGGCCCAAGCACAGGAAAUCAGUCUUACUCCCCAGCAGGCCCAGGCCCUGGGGCUCACUCUCACACCUCAGCAGGCUCACAUACAGAAGAUAUUUCUCACCCCUCAGCAGGCCCAAGCUCUGGGCAUCACUCUUACCCCUGAGCAAAUCAGGACACCAAAGAUCACUCUCACCCCUCCACAGGCCUAUGCCCUAGGGGUCACUCUCACCCGGGAACAGGCCAAGGCACAGAAGAUCAGUUUGAGCCCUCAGCAGGCCCAAGCUCUGGGGAUCACUCUCACUCCUCAGCAGGCCCGGGCUCUGGUGAUAGCUCCUACCCCUCAGCAGGCUGAAGCCUUGGGAAUCACUUCCACCCCAGAUAAGGAAGAAUGGAUAAGCUUGACCCCUGAGCAGGCCCAGCCCCUGGGGAUCACUUUCACCCCUGAGCAGGCCAAGGAACAGAAGGUCAUUGUGACCCCUGAGCAGGCCCAGGCCCUGGGAGUCACAUUUACUCCUGAGGAGGCCAAGGCACACAGAAUCUUUCUGGGCCCUGAGCAGGCCCACUCCCUGGGGAUCACACUCACUCCUGAGCAGGCAGAAGCCCUGGGCAUCGCUCUCACUCUUUCACAGAGACAGGCUCAGGGUAUUCUUCUUCCUCAGAAAUCUCAGGGUUUGGAUGCUCCAUUAAUUCCUGAGCAGGCUGAAGCACAAAGGAGAAGGCUCAUUAAGCAUUUUCAAACCCUGAAAACCCCUAUUGCCCACAAGUCUAUUCAGACAGAAAAACCAGCUAUCACUUCUAAACAGACCCAGACAACUUUGAUCCUAAGUACCCUACAGUCUCAGAUGUUUGGAGUCCCACAUUCACAAAAAGAGGACUUGGCAUUGGGAAUCACUCCCACACCAGGGCAGACCCAGGCAGUUGAGCAAGUCCAGGCUUUGCAGGCUACCCUCACAUCCAGGAGGGCCCAGUCAUUGCUGGGCCAGUUUGUUCCAGAGCACAUGCAAACACUAACAUUCACAAUCACUCUUGAGAAAGCCCAGGGCUUGGGGGUCACUUUCACACGAGAACAAACCCAGGCAUCAGCUAUCACCUUCACCCCUGAGCAGGUGGCAGCGCUAGAAGAUGCGCUCACUGCAGACCUGGCCUGGAAGUGGGGGAUUUUAACCACACCAGAAGAUAGCUCACAUAUUAUGACCACUAACCAGCCGCACAGACUGGGAGUCACCAGUCACCAACCACCUCAGGCCCAUCAUAUUCCUCUUGCCGUUGACAGGCUAUCUCAAAAAUGGAAGGAUUUCCCUCUACUGCAGAAAUUAACACCUUCUCCUGCCCAUGUUCCAUCUGCCCCUACGACGGGCCUAGGCCUGAGGAUUCUUUCUGACUCUGGAAAGCUUGAAGAACCACGGAUCUCUCCUACCUACAGACAGAUGCUCCAAGACAGAGGUCAAGUCAUUGCUGCACAGUACCCAGCACCGGGAGUUGCUCCUACAAUGAGACAGCUCCAGACACCUGAGGCUCCUCCCACUUCAAGGCCAUCCCUUGGUCCUAAGUGGCUGCUCAGAACUGGAGACAUUUGGCCAUCUCUAAUAUCAGAAAUCCCCUUUGGCCCCAGACCAUCUCCUGGACCUAGGAUCCCCCCCAUCUCUAGAGAGAGUCCAGAACUCUUUGUUCCUGAAGGCUCUGAUGCCCGAAAGGAGUUUUUGGUUUCCGACAUCUUCCCCUCCCAGGCUCCUGCCAUCAGCAAACACACUCCCUACAGGCAGACCCAUUCUACCCCUGCACAAGGUCCUUCAUGGAUCAUCCCGGAAGUCUCCCCCCUAAUACUCACUCCCAUCCCACUGCGUUCCUCCAUGGACGAGGAACUCCCAGUUCCUGGGAGGCCCCAGCAUGGGUCUCCCUUUGCAGUUGCUCAGAGAAGUCCCAGAGCUUCCCCUGCAAAACUUGAACCGGCAAGUGUUCUCCCAAGUGAUGCCCUGGGUUUGCCGGUCUCUCAGCUUCCUUUCCCUACUGAGAAGAUCCAAAGAGCGAAGGUUUAUGACACUUCAAGACAAACUCAGGAACUCCAAGAUUCUUUUGACGUGGAACCACUUGGAAAGUUUCAGCCUUGUGUCAUCGGUUCUAGGAUACACAGAUCACAGUCCCCCCUUGUUGAUGAGAAAGCCCUUUCCAGGGAGGAGAAGCCCAUAGCAACACUACCAUCUCUCACCACUCAAUCCUUCCAGCCAUCACAGAUCUUAGCUUCUGAAAGGGGCCAGAAACCAUGGCUUCCCCCUAUAGACAAGCCCUGGUUCCUAAGCCCAGUUUCUGAUACCAGGAGAGGCAAGAUGAUGGGGUCCGCAUUCCCUGACCAGCACCCUGAAGACAGAUACUGCGUUAAUGUGGAGGCUCAAAGGAGGAACCUGGUUUUAUUAAAUCAGGCUGCACAAACGUCUGGACUCCCUUCAGAGCAUUACUCAUUUGCCAGGAAUCUCAUAGUUGAAUUACUUCAUACGAAUACAGUUCGGCUGGGGUAUCUGUCCCGCAAGUAUGUUGCCUAUAGGCUGAUCCAGCUUGCCAGAAACAACAUAACCAAACGAUUAAAAGACAUCCAAAACACUGGGAAAGGGUAUGAGGCACAGAACCUGUACAUCAUGCUGAACAGAAUUGAUGAUUAUCAGAAGAAGGUGAUGUCGGUCUGGAUGGACAAACAGAAGAGUCUGGAGCAGAGGCGGCAGCAGUGUUUGUGGUCCAUGGGGCGCUUCUUCAGCCAGCUUGAAAAGGCGUUUAAACUAAACCUCAGCCAGCCCACACCUGUGAUCUCUGGCUUCAACCAGAUCCCUGAUUUUACCAAAUUUCAACGGCCAGUCUUGGAGUUUUUAGUUGAGGACAAGAAAUCCAGCCUUCUCAAAGCACUCAGACAAGGUCCGACAGAGACCAUCUGGAAUGCUGAGCUGUCUACUUCAAGCUACCCGAUAGCGGAGAAGACAUCGCUGAAGACUCUGUGGGCUCAGCUGGGUGGGUACCCAGACAUCCCCAGACUGCUGCAGCUGGAUAUCCAGUCGACCUUCCGAAAGUCUCUCGCUUCCCUUCUGUCACGGUCUAAGAAGAUUCGCAAGUGACUACAAGAGCUAAGGACAAACAUGUAGAGAGCAGAUUUAAGUGUUUUGGCACAAGACCUAUUUUCUGA